AUGGAGGCGGAGUGGAUCUCGGCCCUUGUUGGUGGGAGGGCUCCGUUGUUAGAUCUUUCUUUAAGUUUUGUUAGGGUUUGUGUUCUGCUCAGGAAGACGAGACGGUGGCGGUUCCCUGAAGAAGGAAUAAAGGUCUCUCCGCCCAGCCCCCGUUUCGGUGAUGAGUCUAGCAUCGUUGGUGGGCGUGUGGAGUCUUUUCCCUGGCUUCAACCGCCCAAAACCCUCGCCGCCGUCCACUUUUCUACCCGCCCGUCGCCGCCGCCGCCGCCGCCGCCCCUCCCCACCGGCGACCGGACCCAACCGACCAAGCCGCACACGAUGGAGACCUCCUCCCAUCUCGGUGGCGACGGCCUCCCCUCCGGAUCCGCAUCCUCCAUCAUUGCCGGGGCCGUGAGCGGUUACCACUUGCUGAAGGUCGUCGGCUACUCGCACACCAAGGAGGUCUCCAAUAGCGAGGGGAUCGACUCCUGCCCGUUCGUAGUAGGCGGCCACACAUGGCGUGUGUAUUACUGCCCCAACGGGUGGAACUCCGAGCACACCGAUUUCAUAUCCGUCUCCCUCAAACUCGAUGCUACCGUCGCCAAGGGCGUGGCCAUGGUGAAGGCAAAAUUCCAGUUCAGCUUGCUCGAUCAACAUGGGAAGCUGGUGCCGCCCUAUACCCGGACGUCCGUGACCAGAGAGUUUUCCGCGGGCACAUGCUGGGGAUUCGAAAAUUUCAUCAAAAGGGAGAACCUGGAGAAAUCAGAGCAUCUCAAGGACGAUUCCUUCACUGUCAAGGUCGACGUCACUGUCAUGAGCGAGUUCCACGCACAGAAGACACCGUCCAUCGCCGUGCCGCCGUCCGACAUGCACCGGCACUUCGGGGAUCUCCUGUCGAGCAAGGCGGGCGUCGAUGUCGAAUUCCGAGUCGGAGAGGAAACAUUUUCCGCUCACCGGUCGGUGCUCGCCGCGCGGUCUCCGGUCUUCAGGGCAGAGUUGUUUGGGCAGAUGAAGGAGAGCACCACCACAAAUGUCAUCUGUGUAGAUGACAUUGAGCCAGAGGUGUUCAAGGCUCUGCUUACUUUCAUGUACACGGAUGCGCUUCCCGAUAUGGAUCAGCGAGAGGAAUCUGCCAUGGUUCAGCAUUUGCUUGUUGCAGCAGACAGGUACGCUCUGGAGAGGUUGAAGCUGAUUUGUGAAGAUAAGUUGUGCAAUCGUAUCGAUACGAACUCCGUGGCGACUAUCUUGGCAUUGGCGGAGCAGCACCACUGCCAUGAGCUUAAGGCAGCAUGCUUGGUGUUCCUCAGCUCGACGACGAAUCUGGAAGCCGCCAUGGAGUCUGAAGGUUUCGAGUAUUUAACCAAGACCUGCCCCGGUGUUAUAAAGGAUUUCCUCAUUUCCCAUGUUGUUCCUAGUUUACUUGGGAAGAGAAAAUCAAAGGCAUGA